CAAACCACAUUGCAUAGCAGCAGCCAGCAUAUGUAGAGCGAGAGAGCAUUCAAUUAUAUUCAUCCCAAGCUCGCCCUCCACCUUCAAUUUAUUUGUCCAUCGUCUUCCAUCCAUUCCUAGCUAGCUAGCUUGCUUGCAUACAUACAUACAUACAUACAUAUAUAUAUGGAGGUCGUCCCAGUCCCAGGGGUGGCCGCCGGCGAUCAUCUGCCGUGCGCCGGCGCCAUGGCCGCGCUCGCCCUCCUCCUCUGCGCCUUCAUCUACGCCGCCUGGCUCUCGCCGGCCGCCACCAGGCGCCGCCUCCGCCGUGCCGGAUUCGACGGGCCCAGGCCCUCCUUCCCCUUCGGCAACCUGCCCGAGAUCACCGCCACCACGAUGGCCGCCGCCAACAGCAGCACCAGCACCAAAACAACACUGCCGCUGCUGCCUGCUUCCCCCUCCUCCACCAUCAGCGACGUCCACGCCGCCGUAUUCCCCUACUUCGCCCGCUGGCGCCAGGCCUUCGGCAAGGUCUUCGUCUACUGGCUGGGCACGGAGCCCUUCCUGUACGUGGCCGACCCGGACUUCCUCAAGGCCGCCACCGCCGGCGCGCUCGGCAAGCGCUGGGGGAAGCCCGACGUCUUCCGCCGCGACCGGAUGCCCAUGUUCGGCAGGGGGCUCGUCAUGGCCGAGGGCGACGAGUGGGCGCGCCACCGCAACAUCAUCGCGCCCGCAUUCUCCGCCACCAACCUCAACCACAUGAUCGGGGUCAUGCAGCGGACCACCGCCGGGAUGCUCGCGCGCUGGGCCGACGCCGUGGUCGCCGGCCAGAGCGUCAUCGACGUCGAGGCCGGCAUCGUCCGGAACGCAGCCGAGAUCAUCGCCAAGGCCAGCUUCGGCAUGGACGACGACGACGAGGCCGGCGCGCGGGUGUUCCACAAGCUGCAGGCCAUGCAGGCGAUGCUGUUCCAGUCCAACCGCCUCGUGGGCGUGCCGCUGGCGCGGCUGCUGCACGUGCGCAAGACGUACGAGGCGUGGAAGCUCGGCCGGGAGAUCGACGCGCUGCUCAUGGAGAUCAUCGACGCGCGCCGUCGGCGUCAAGGGAGGAGCGGCGGCAGCAGCAACAACAAAGACCUGCUGUCGCUGCUGCUUGCCGGGAGCGGGAGCGAGUCGUCGGAGGAGCGUCGGCUGACGACGCGGGAGGUGGUGGACGAGUGCAAGACCUUCUUUUUCGGCGGGCACGAGACGACGGCGCUGGCGCUGUCGUGGACGCUGCUGAUGCUGGCGGCGCACCCGGAGUGGCAGGAGGCGCUGCGGGAGGAGGUGUUGGCCGCCGGGGCGGGCGGCGAGGGGCCCCUGGACGCUGCGUCUCUGGGGCGGCUGACGAAGAUGGGGUGGGUCAUGAGCGAGGUGCUGCGGCUGUACCCGCCGUCGCCCAACGUGCAGCGGCAGGCGCUGGAGGACAUCAGCAGCAGCUCCGGCGUGGUGGUCCCGCGGGGCACCAACAUGUGGGUGGACGUGGUGGCGAUGCACCGCGACCCGGCGCUGUGGGGCGAGGACGCGCACGAGUUCCGGCCGGAGCGGUUCGCGCGGGACCCCGUGCAGGGCGGGUGCCGGCAGCGCAUGGGGUUCCUGCCCUUUGGGUUCGGCGGCCGCAUCUGCGUGGGGAGGAACCUGACGGCCAUGGAGUACCGGGUGGUGCUGGCCAUGCUGCUGCGGCGCUUCCGGCUGGAGGUGGCGCCCGAGUACAGGCACGCGCCAAGGGUCAUGCUCUCGCUGAGGCCAGCCGCCGGCAUCCAACUCCGGCUCACGCCCAUCAUCCAUUGAUCAGGAGUCGGUGGUAUGGAGUUAUUGUUGGCAUGUAAGCUUGCUAGCUCUGUAUGCAAUGCAACACAAUACAAUCUAGUAGGGGCACUAACUUGCUACACAUAUAGGAAAAGUAUGUGACAUUGUUGUGUGUGCAAGAAUAUAAAAAACAAAGAAGGUAUUUUCUAGAGGAAAAAAGUAGCAUGGGACUCCAUCCAUC